AUGCGCACGAGGAUGCACCGAUCAUUAGCCGCAAGCGUUUUGUUUGUUGAGUCUGCAGGAGUGAAAUGGUCGAGGGGGGUUGAGAAACUGGAUUGCGACUUGGACUUAAACCACAACGAAUUCUACGCGUUACCACCAAGGAGUGGAUUGUCUCGCAUGUAUAGCGCGAAAAGCAAGGGUAAGAACAGUGAGCUUUGCGGCACACUAACUGUUAAGCAACUAUAUGACGACAGAGCAGUUCGAUUUUCAUCUAGGUGCAUUUCGCCCAGAAAGGAUGCUAGUAAAUUCAAGAAGGCUAGCGGACAUUUUGUUGAUAAUGCCUUCGAGGCGGCUGCUUUCAUUCGCGAAGUGAAGGAUUAUAACAACGAUUUCAUCAGCUGUGCUAAGUUUAAUAAGUCCAUUCGUCUAAGGUUAAGGGGUCUUCCCAAGGUGGAAGCAAGCACUGUGCAGCUAGAUGGUUUAUUAUAUAAUCCUGUGGACGACCACUACGGCGAUACGCAACUUUGCUGCCUGUUUUCAAGGCAGCAUGAGAAAGAAGUCGGAGUAGGAGAUGGAGCGGGGGAAAGCGAUGUUUUAACCGCAGCUGAGUUUUUUGUUCCUCAACAGAGCAACGUAGUCACUUGGUAUAUUUGCGGGCCAACUGUAUACGAUGCUUCUCAUUUAGGUCACGCUCGCACUUAUGUUACUUUUGACAUUAUUCGGAGAGUCAUGAUCUCUUACUUUGGGUAUCAGAUUAUGUAUGUUAUGAAUAUUACAGACAUCGAAGAUAAGAUAAUUCUUCGGGCAAGAAAGAAUUUUUUGUUUGAUGAAUAUUCUAAACAUUGUGAAGAUAUUAGCAGUUUAAAGCGCGAAGUUGAGAGUGCUUUGCUUCUUUAUAAAGAGAAGUUAGAAAAAGAAACGGAUCACUUAAAAGCUAAUUUAACUCGACCUUGUAUUGAAAGUGUUGCACGAAUUCUUAAGGAAAGUGAUGAUAUUCAAACAAUACUCAAUAGCGCAAAAGAGCCGUUGUCGGAACUUUUGGAUAAAAAUUUGGGCUCUGAAGUUCGAGAUCACACGAUUUUCGAUCGCUUGUCGCAAUUUUGGGAAAAAGAUUUUUUUGAAGAUAUGCAAAGGCUACACGUGCUUCCUCCCGACGCUGUCACGCGGGUCAGUGAAUACGUUGAAGAAAUUGUAGAGUUUAUACAGAAGAUUAUGGAAAAUGGCUUUGCUUACGAGUCGAACGGAUCUGUAUACUUUGACGUUCACGCCUUCACCUCUUCGGAUCUCCACACGUACCCCAAACUGAGUUCCUUUACCGAUCUUAACGAGCAACUAAAGGAACUUAAAGAAGCAGAAGGAGCACUGACAGCAUCCGCCAGCGAAAAGCGGACCGCCCGUGACUUUGCCUUAUGGAAGGCGUCGAAGCCGGGAGAGCCCGAGUGGCCGUCUCCCUGGGGACGGGGCCGGCCGGGAUGGCACAUCGAGUGUUCUGCUAUGGCCAGCUCUGUUCUUCCCGGAAUCAUCGAUAUCCACUGCGGAGGUUUCGAUCUCAAGUUUCCACACCACGCCAACGAACUGGCGCAGUCGGAAGCCUUUCACGCGACUGACCAAUGGGUGCGCUUUUUUCUCCAUGCUGGCCAUCUGAAUAUUGAGGGCUUGAAAAUGGCGAAGUCGUUAAAGAAUUUUACCACCAUUAAAGAGUGUCUUUCGCUUUACACUGCAAGACAGCUUCGAUUUCUCUUUUUGCUGCACCGCUGGGGAUCUUCUCUGGACUUUGGCGUCGAGACUAUCCACCAGGCCGUUCAGUGCGAACAAUUCUAUUCGGAGUUUUUUCUCAAUAUCCGCUGUGCUCUGCGCCGUGAAAGUUCCCAGCUGAAGUUGCGUGCCAUUGAAAAAACUUUUCUUAAAAAACUAUUUUUGGUUCAAGAUGCCGUUGAUGAGGCGCUCUGCCGGAAUAUCGAUACACCAGCAGCCCUGAAAGCAUUGGCGAUGCUCGUAAAGGAUACAAAUGUUUACUUGUUGCAGACGGAGUCGACAAAAAGCAAGCAAAUAGUGAAGUCCGUUGUAGAGAAAUCUGUCCAGUUUGUGACUUUUGUUUUCAAAGUUAUUAUGAUGUUUAUUUUUAUUUUUUAUUUGAAUUUUAUUUUAAAAAAGAUUUUUGGUUUAAUUGAAACCGAAAAGUCUUUUGGAUUUCCUUCCCAAGACUGCUCGCUUGACAAAGAAGCGAUGAUCUUCCCGUACAUCUCUGCACUUGCCGACUUUCGAGCUCGAGUUAGACAAAUUGCUUUGACUCGUUCUCCAAAGGAUCUGGAGUUAUUAGAACUUUGCGGUGUUCUCAGAGACCGAAUUCUUCCUGAAAUUGGGGUUCGUAUAGAAGAUAAGUUUAAUACGGAACUUCCAGUAGUAAAAUUAAUGGACGAAGAAGACAUUCGAAGGCGGAAAGCAAAAACAGUCGAGAAAAAACUCGAAAAAUCGUCUCAGAAAGAAACUAUUAUAAAACCCGCCGUCGAUCCUAAAGAGUUAUUUACUAGCGAUGCAAAGUUUGCGGGCUGGAAAUUUGAUGACGACGGAAUCCCUUUGAGCGAUCCUUGUGGAAAUCUUAUUUCUGGUGCACAAAGAAAAAAACUUGUCAAAUUACAUCAACUUUACUUAAAAAAAAAUCUCAAAAUGCACAAUACAUAA